UCUCCUUCUGUUCUCUCUCCUUCUGUUCUCUCUCAUUCUGUUCUCUCUCAUUCUGUUCUCUCUCAUUCUGUUCUCUCUCAUUCUGUUCUCUCUCCUUCUGUUCUCUCUCCUUCUGUUCUCUCUCCUUCUGUUCUCUCUCAUUCAGGACUACUUCUUUCCAAAGUACUUAGCGUGCAUGGAGAAGUUUGGGGACACGGACAAGAAGAAACAAGACCUGAUCACCUGUGUUCACAAUAUUCCAGACCAGUGCUCUCCGUCUCCCUGUAAUCCUCGAGGUACGGUGCGCUGUGAGGACCAAAAGGGCGGCUUCCUCUGCCACUGCUUCACUGGCUGGACAGGAGUCCGUUGUGAGAAAGAUGUCAACGAGUGCAACAAGAGGAAUGGAGGAUGUGACCACGAGUGUAACAACACUAUGGGUAGCUACCAUUGCUCCUGUCGCCGCGGUUACAUGCUGGUCGGACGCCAGAUGUGUAACGACGUGGAUGAGUGCCAGGAUCCAGGUAUGUGUGGGACAGCGAGGUGUGUGAACCAGGAUGGAGCCUAUGACUGUCUGUGUGAGACGGGAUAUGUUUACGACAACAACACCAAGACCUGCCUCGAUGUGGACGAGUGUGAGCAGGGAGUGUGUGAGGAGUGUGUGAACACACCCGGUAGUUUCCGGUGUUUCUGUGACGGUCGGCAGGGCAAGAAGUUGAGCCACGACCUCAGGAGCUGUCAGGAGAUCACUACAUGCGUCUCUCUCACCAUGAAGAGGAACUCCCGUUCUCUCUACCUGGGCCGAAUGUUCAGCGGAGUCCCAGUGGUCAGGCUACGCUUCCGCAGGAGAGUCCAGACUGGCUUCUCAGCUGAGUUUGACCUCCGUACCUUUGACCCAGAGGGGGUCAUCUUCUUCGCUGGUGGUCACCUGAACAGUUCCUGGAUUGUUCUUGCAAUGCAUCAUGGGAAACUGGAGCUGCAGCUGAGGUACGGGGCGGUCAGCCGGGUCACCAGCAGUGGGCCUGCCGUCAACGACGGACAGUGGAGAAAGAUCUCAGUGGAGGAGCAGGGGCGGAGUCUGGUGAUAAAGAUUGACAGGGAGGCAGUGAUGAAGAUAGCUGUGAAUGGAGAUCUGUUCACCCUGAAGAAAGGCAUGCAUGAACUCAACCUGACUGUAGGGGGCGUCCCUUUCAAAGAGGACAGUCUCAUCAACCAGGUGAACCCGAGGUUUGAUGGCUGUAUGCGUGAGUGGCGCUGGUUAACAGGAGAGGAUACGUCCAUUCAGGAGACCAUCAGGUCGAAUGACAACAUGCAGUGUUUCAGUACAGAACAGCCCGGAACCUAUUACCCUGGGACAGGCUUCGCUCUGUUCAACAUCACAUACGCAGAGUCCCAGUCUCUGAGUAUCCAGCUGACUCUGAGACCAGCCUCCACUGUUGGGGUUCUAUUGGCCCUGGUUUAUCAGGACAGCGUCCCUCUCUCCAUCUCUCUCUCCGACUACCACAGAGACAACCAGGAGUGGCGGGAGUAUGUCCUGGUCUCUGUGGGUGAUGUGAUCGUGGCCAGCGCCCCGGCCUUCCUGUGUGAUGCAGAGGUUCAUGAGGUCAAUGUGACGGUCAGUGGGAACCUGACCAUACUAGAGGUGGACGGUCAGCCUGGACAGAGUCACACCACACCUGGACAGGAGACGGUUGACCUCAGCCUGCCUUCAACCACCUUUAUAGGAGGGCUCCCCGACGUGCCCCUGGUGUCGACCCUGGUGUCGUCGUUCUACCGCGGCUGCAUGGAGGUGACGAUCAACGGCCUGGCUCUGGACCUGGACGAGGCCUUCCACAAACACAACGACAUCCGCUCCCACUCCUGCCCUCUGCUGGGGGGCCUUGUGACCGCUGCAGUCCCCUUCAGCCCCGUCCUCACUGGAGCAGGGGGGAGUUGCCCCGAGACACUGAUCUUGGGUCAGUUUGACAUUUCCCCCACAGAUGGUUAAGGUUAGGAUUAGGGGGAGUGGAAGUUGAUCCUAGAUCUGUAGCAAGGGGAGACUUCACCCCGUCCACUACAGUCCACCAUAACCCACAGGGCCUUAACCUAAGCAAGGACUGAGUCCCAAAUAGCACUCUAUUCCCUAUAUGACCCCUAUGGGUUCUGGUCAAAACUAGUGCACUAUUUAGGGAAUAGGGUGCCAUUUGGGAAGUACCCAGGAGCUGGCCGAGUGGCCAACCCUUCUCCUGACCAACCCUCAGUCAUUCUGCCCUCAGCGUGAUUGAAUGUAGGAGCAGCACUCUCACAUCUGAGGUUGCAGGUGCGUAGGAAAAUUCAGUGAUGUCUCGAAAACAAAAAUCCAAUAUUUCACACGGCUCUUGACAGUAUGUUUUAGUGUAAUGAGCUCAUGUAUCGGCCUCACGGCCUUCGUCAGAGAUCACGGUGAUCAAACUGGAUCCAUAAGUGGAAUAACUGGCAGUAAUCCAGAAGAGGUUAAGGUCAACUGACCCAGUCCAUUGUGGAAUAAACCCUAUAAGGUGUAAUUCAGUAGCACAAGGCUUUGUUGUUGUACAACUUGCACACCAUCGCAGGUGAAAAUGGACUGAGUUUAAUAAAAACAUCUGUCCGGUGCUUUUCCAACUUAAUGCAAACUUAGUCUACCUGCAAUUUAGCUCUGCACACUGCCUACAGAUUACAGCAUAGGGCUCUGCCUUCUGUUAAUAUGACCCCAUUAAAGACCCUUCCUUCCCCUCCCAAACCAUGCUUCUAGUCCUCUACAGUUACAUCCACCCACCGUCAGCCAAUGAAACACUCCAUUACUGUCCCCCUUUCACAUGCCCCGCCCUCCUUCCCUCAGUAUCACCAAUCAGCACACGCCAGGAACACACUUUAAGCCAAUCAGACGAGGCUAAUUAACAUGCAGUAACCAAUCAGACACACGGGGGAGGGCAUCAAGAGCACUGCUUCACCACACUGAGCUACUGAGAGAAUAGGAGUGGAAGUGUUGUAAUAUACUGUAUGUGUAAAUAAUGUGAUGCUUUUUAGAAAAGAAGACAAAAGGAAAUAAAGACCUGAACACAUUGAGAUAAUCACCCAAAACAGGUCCACUUCUCUCCAGAAUGUCAGAACAAACAUCUUUCAUUAGGCCAGAAAAGGGCUACAGUAUUUCCUCCUCUGGGAUCGAGAGUUUCUGAUGAGUUUCACAAUGGAGCGAUCGAUGGUUUUCUCCUCUGUGUUGUGUGUUUAUUAUACUAUAGGUUUGUUUGGCUGCUGAUUUAUUCUCCUGUCUUUUAGUCUUUACAUCCCUGAUCACAUCAAUUCAGUCUGAUUUAUUCUCCUGUCUUUUAGUCUUUACAUCCCUGAUCACAUCAAUUCAGUCUGAUUUAUUCUCCUGUCUUUUAGUCUUUACAUCCCUGAUCACAUCAAUUCAGUCUGAUUUAUUCUCCUGUCUUUUAGUCUUUACAUCCCUGAUCACAUCAAUUCAGUCUGAUUUAUUCUCCUGUCUUUUAGUCUUUACAUCCCUGAUCACAUCAAUUCAGUCUGAUUUAAAAACGUAAUAAAGAUGAUGACAUGGGAGUUUUAAAA